AUGGGCACUCGUGCAGACAACGGCGAGCUUGUCGGCACUUUUGGCGACUUUGGUAUCACCUCGUUGCCCGAUGCGGAUGUUAGGCUGUAUGCCAACAAGCCGAUCACGGCCGGAGACGGCGGCUGGGUGCAUGCGCGCGAGAAGAAGCACCAUGAUCGGCUGAAGUCUCUCAUUAACCAUGGUUUCGAUCCAGCCUAUCACUUUCUGCACUUCGAGACGGCGCCCAACGCAAAGAUGAAUGGCUUGGGAGCAGCUUUUGUUUGCUCGCAGGUGAAGAUGCUGCCUCAACUCAUGCAGCAUCGAGGCCACGUGGCGUCGUGGUACCGGGAGGGUCUGGCCGGCAUCGAGGGCCUCUCCUGCAUUGAGCAGAGGCAAGUCGAUGCUCCAUGGGUCUUCGGUGUGGAGACGCGGGAUCGGAAGAACCGGGAUGCCCUGCGCGACCACCUUGCAGCUCACGGCAUUGAGACCAGGAAUUAUUUCUACCCCCUCCACCUGGAGCCCGUGAACUUCUACGGGGACGACGUGGGGAUUUAUGACGUGGAGCUGCCCAACUCCGAGCACUUGGCUCAGGUGGGCUUCUACCUGCCCACGCACUCCUUCUUGGAGCGAGUGGACACGCAGUACAUCUGCUCUGUCAUCAAGGCCUACUUUCAGCCGGCCUCGGUGGUCGGCGAGUCCCCUCGGAGCAAGGGCUGGGCCGACAAGGAGAGGAGCAAGAUUUUGCAAGCCAGCUGA